UAGUUUAUUAGAGGUCUACUAAAAUAUUCUAUAUUUAUAAAAAUAGAAUAAGAAGAAACAUUUUCGUUUUGAAAGCGAACCACUUGCCUGGUUCGUCGGUUCAACCAUUUUUAACGGCUCUGAUUUAUAGUCUCCAUAAUUCACCUCUUUCAUUCUCUCUCUCUCUCAAACAUCCGCGGCCAUCAUUCGUCGUCGUCUUCGGAUUCUGAUGUUGAAGCCAAGAUUUUUCAGGCUCUUCGGUAGAGAAAAGCCAGUCCGCAAGGUCUUCAGUAUUGACUUUUUGCUGAUUGUUGAGGGCUGGUUUUCACCUAUAGAUUUUUGGAGAAAAGGAGGGAAAAGCUUCCAUCAAUCUUCAGGAUGGGAUUUGAAGGGCUUUCGGGUGGUGAGACAGCUACAAUACAAACUUCGACUCCUGAAUGGAAGUGGAGAAAGAAAGAUUGGAGCGAGUGUUGGGUUGGAUUUUGGAGAUAAUAUUAAUAAGAAGAAGAGCAAAUACUCUGCUUUGAAUACCAGUUUGGGGCCUAUAAUAUGGCCUAUACUCUGCUUUGAUGGAGGGUGUGAAACAAGAUUUAAUCGGCUUGAUCGAAAUGAAGAUGCGCCUUCUGUUUGUCGCUAUCUCUCAGUUUUUAAUUCUCAAUCUCGUCCUUUAACUAGCGGACUUAUCAAGCCUCUUGAUCAUAUCAGUCGUGACAAAGCUGAGUGGUGCAUUCUUCAAAAUUCUCCUGAAAUCCAAGCUUACUUAGAUGAACAUUUGGACAAGAUCAGGCAUGAAUAUCCUAAUGGUAAUCACGAUGUCUUGCAUAGGCAAACUUUCCGUCCGUGGUUUCAUAAGAAGAUACAUGAGUUGCACAAGCUUGGAACUUUACAAAAUGGUGAUGAGUUACUCGCUCUCGCUUCCGGGUCCGAUUACUUAGCAACAUUUUACGAAGGUUGUGUAGUGAAUGGUGUUCGGUUUAUUGCAUCAAAGCGAGACCAAAAGCGGAAGACACAAAAUAGUGGUGUUCUUGUUCUUUGGGCCGAAGGGUUUAAUUAUUACGGCACACUUGAAGAUGUAAUCACUAUAUCUUAUACUGGUGCAUAUACAGUGUCAUUGUUUGAAUGUAAAUGGUAUAACACUAAUCCAUUAAGAAAGAAGACAAUCACUGAAAAUAAUAUAACUAGUAUAAAUACUCGUGGAUAUUGGUAUCAAGAUGAACCGUACAUCCUUGCUAACCAGGCGAAGCAAGUUUUCUAUCUUGAAGAUCCACUCAGAGGUCGCGAUUGGAAGGUUGUUGAAGAUAUUAGCCAUCGACAAAUUUGGGACAUUACUGACAACGAAGAUGAGACUGAUGUAGAUGUUGUUAGUGAUUCUAACUCUGCCAAUUUUGUGUUGACGGUUGAUCUUGGAGAGUUGAUUAUGCAAUCGAAUGAACCUCCAGUAAUUGUUGAAUCGUCCGAUCAGUUAGUGGAUUCUGAGAUAGAGAAUAAUGAACUUGAUGAAAAUUAUGUUGCUGAAGAAGUAGAUGAUUUACUAGUUGAACAUGUGGAGGAUGAAAAUGUAAACUUAGUGAAUGAUGGAAAUGAUAGUGAUUCUUCAGUGUAA